UCCCCACUAGCCUACACAGUACGCGCGCAUCCACCCAAUUAAAUACUUGCAAACCCCGUACCACAGUUUUCUCUGCUCCCAAACAGUAGCGAGUAGAAACUUCCAACUCCCAUUCGGCCUCUCCUCCACUCCCAUCUCCUUUUCCAUUCUAUAUUCCAUUUUAUUCGAUUAAAAUUCUUUGCAGCUUUUCCACAGCAGAAGCUCCUUCUUUAAUCCAUCUCUCUCUCUCUCUCUCGUCAAAUAUCGUCUUCUCCCUCUUAUAAAUUUCAGCCUCCAGAAGAGUCACAGAAUCUUUUGACCAAAUUCCAAACGCCUCAUGGUCUGCUUGGAAAUGGCAAAAAACCCUUUCGCUGAAAAAUGGGUCCAAGCCGAUUCAAACUCUCUGAAACAAGAAGAAGAAAAAGAAGAAGGAGAAGACAGCGAGGAAGAAGAAGAAGAAGAGGCAUUAUCUCUCUGUGAUCUUCCCCUCUGUUUAAUCAAAGAAGAGAACCAACCAAGGAAACAAGUCGACCACGCGCUCGAUCAAUCCCAAGAAGAUUUCAAUUUCGGGUCGUGGCUUGGGCCCCAUUUGCCGGAAUCCGACAUGUGCGCCGCCGACGAGGUGUUCUUCCGAGGCCAAAUUCUCCCACUCCGUCUCUCCGUCGGCUCCGAGGGCGCCUUCACGGGCGUUCGAACCGGGUCGAACCCUUCCCGGUCCAUUUCCAGGUCCGAGUCCAUGGGCCACGCGUCGUCGGGCGGAUUAACCGCCGUCAGCAGCAGGAGCAGCAGUACCAGAAGCCACAAUUCAUCGAGCAGCAGCAGCACCACCUCCGCCGGCGCCGCCACCACAACGUGCAAGUUGCCUAGGGUCCGAAAUCCGUUUCACUCCCACCCGAGUCCGAAACCCCAAAUCCGGAUCCCAAACACUCGGGCGCAAAAUUCAGGAGGCCGGUGCCGGAGAUCGACCGUGUGGGACAUUUUCCGGCUGGGUUUGGUCCAAACCCCGGAAAUCCAAUUGAAGGACCUGAAGCUCCGCGAUAGCACUAACAAUUCCAGAAAGAGCUUUGGCAGUAGCAGCAAUAGCAGUAGAAAUAGCGAUCUCGGCACUACGGAUAAUGGCGGCCACAACAAUACCAACCCAAUUCGGAAGAGCUUAUUAAUAUUCAAUACGAAUAGCAGAAGCGGUAAUGGUUUUUGGGGCGGUGGGUGUACGUGCAAAUCGUCGGUAGGUGCGGUGGAAAUUCCGGCGAAAAUUGUUGAUGUGAAGAACGGCGGGAGAAGCAGUGGUAGAACAGAGAUGCCGGCGGCGGGGAAAGAAGAAGAAGAAGAAGAAGAGGAACAGAGAGAGAAGAAGCAGUCGAUGUCACGUCAUCGUACUUUUGAAUGGUUAAAGGAGCUUUCAUCGCAUGCAGGGGAACCAACCAGACGAGCCUCAUUAGAUUCCAUAGAAUAGAACCCAUGCGAGCCAGCAUGCUUCUUCUUUUUUAGUUUUUUUUCUUUCUUUUUAAUCAUUGUAAUCCUGGGGCUUUGGCGUUAGGUUGUUAGCUUUUGGAGUUUCUUUAAUUUAAAUUACAUUGAUAC